UUUUCUUAAAAUGGCUGCUGUUUUUAUCUCGAACAGGGUUGAUAAAAAUUAAUUUCAGGAUAUUUAGAUCUAAAUUGAUUUAACCAUAAAUGUGUGGUUAAUAGAGAACCACCUAAUGUGGAGGUGUAGCAUGGCUGUUUCAAUGCAACAACCUUUGGUUUUACCUGGUCAAUAUGAUUCUGUUUUUAAAGUUGAUGUUAUGCUACAUGCUCCACUGAGAUGUUGUAAAAAGUCUCUGUCAGAUGUUAAAGUAGAUUUGAUGAUGCUCAGUUUGCAGCUUGAUACUUUAUGCAAACAAGAUUUGGGACAAAAAAAAGUCUUAAGUAUAUAUGGAAACAAAAUCCAGUUGAUUGGCAAAAACAUUCAGGAGCUACUACAUUUGUGCAGUCAUUUACCAGCUUUUCUGGUGUUUUCUCAACUGGGAUUAGCAGAAUUGUUUCCCCAUACAGCUGCUUUUUUAAGGCAGUUGAAUGUUUUAGAUGUGGUCUGCAGUGAAUCUUCAAUGAAUAAGUAUUUUAACCAGGUGUCAUCUCUCCAUCAUAUUCUCUUUCUAUCAAGACAAAUACAUCAUGAUGUAGCUAACCAAGUUAGGUUAAAGUAUUUGGCACACCAGCUAGCAGCUCUUUAUCAUGGUAUCAACUGUAUUUUGUCUCAAGAUCAAACAUUACACAGACUGAAACAAAAUAUAGAAGGUAACUUUGAGUCAAUAAAAGAGUUCAUGGCUGAAGUCUUAAAAGAUGAAGAAGUUAUGCUAACAAGUGAAAUAACAGAAUGGGUUCUUGAGCUUACUGACAGUAUCACUCAAGUUAUUUCUAGGAUGCCUAAAUCCAUUAAAGAUGAUUUGCUGCCUUUUGCCUUGAUUUUGUAAUUUAAGCAACAGUUUCCUUUUAGUCAUUGUUGGACUCUUUUGAAAAAUAAAUGUCUCUGUGUCUCCCAAAUACUGAAUAAAAUUGCAAAUCAAAA